AUGUCCCAAUUGAAUUUGUUUAAUAAUGUUGAAGCAUUCCCACCAGAUGCAUUAUUCAAUAUUGGUCAAAGAUACCAAAAAGAUUCUCGUGAUAAGAAGGUCGACUUAGGCAUUGGUGCUUAUAGAGAUGAUAACGGGAAACCAUGGGUGCUACCAUCUGUAAAAUUAAGCGAAACAAAGCUUCAUAAUGAUCCAUCUUUCAACCAUGAGUAUAUGCCAAUUUUAGGUUUCAAAAAAUUCACUACAGGUGCAGGCAAAGUCAUGUUCGACACUAAGUUCAUCGAAAAAGAAAGCUUAAGUAACAGAUUGAUCUCUGUACAGUCUGUUUCUGGUACUGGUGCAUUACAUCUUGCUGCCAAAUUUCUCUCUACAUUCUUACCAGGUAGAAAAAUCUACUUAUCAGAUCCAACCUGGGCCAAUCACAAGGCAAUUUUUGAAGGUGUCAAUUUAAUUACAAGUACAUAUCCAUACUGGGACCCUGAAACCAAAAGUUUGAGGUUUGAAAGUUUUAUACAAGCCAUUAAGGACGCUAAAGAGGGUUCUGUCUUCGUAUUGCAUGCAUGUGCACACAAUCCAACUGGUUUGGACCCAUCUAAAGGCCAAUGGAAGGAAAUUAUUAAUGAAAUCAAAUUGAAAAACCAUAUUGUCCUAUUUGACUCUGCUUACCAAGGUUUCGCCUCGGGCAGUCUUGUGAACGAUGCAUUUGCCGUCAGAUUGGGUGUCCAAGAAUUAAGAAAUGUCGCACCAGUGUUUGUUUGUCAGUCUUUUGCCAAGAAUGUGGGUAUGUAUGGUGAACGUGUUGGUUGUUGUCACUUAGUGUUACCAGACACUGAAUCAAACAUCAAAGCAAGAGAUUCUGUCGAAUCACAAUUUGCCAAGAUUAUUAGAACUGAAAUUUCAACUUCACCUUGUUACGGUGCAAAGAUUGUUGCUACCAUUCUAGAAGAUCCUAAAUUAACUGCUCAAUGGCAUGAAGAUAUGGUUACUAUGUCAUCAAGAAUAAGUUUAAUGAGACACAAAUUGAGAGAUUUCUUAGUGGAAUUGAAAACACCAGGAAACUGGGACCAUAUUGUCGAACAAUGUGGUAUGUUUUCCUUCACUGGGUUAACUCCAGAAAUGGUUGAAAGAUUAGAAAUUAACCAUGCCGUCUACAUGGCUAAGAACGGUAGAGCAUCUAUUGCCGGUUUGAAUGAACAUAAUGUCAGAUACACAGCUGAAGCCAUUGACGAGGUCGUUCGUCACUUCCAAACCCAAUCAAGACUGUGA